AUGCUGCUCCAGCUGCUCCAGCUGCUGCUGCUGCUGCCGCGGCCGCCGCCGCCGCGGCUGCUGCCGCGGCUGCCGCUGCCGCUGCCGCUGCCGCCGCCGCUGCCGCUGCCGCUGCCGCCGCCGCUGCCGCUGCCGCUGCCGCUGCCGCUGCCGCUGCCGCUGCCGCUGCCGCUGCCGCUGCUGCUGCUGCUGCUGCUUGUGCUGCUGCCGCUGCUGCUGCUACACAACCUUGCGGAGGACAUUCCUGAUCUGGAGGAGGAGGGCAAGGAGGAUCUGAGAUGCAUGGUGGCGCAGGCGCCACGAGCCCACCACGCAAGGGUGCAGCAGAUUGCUGAGCUGACCGGCGACCAGGCCUGGGUGCCUGCUGGUAGCGGGGCCGGCAUCGAUCUCUCGCUCCUCACGGCCUGCCUGUGCCCCUCAGACCAGGUGCAGGAGGAGGGCGAUGACGUGUGGGAGCCGGACCAGCUGCUGGCAGCGCUCAAGUCAGAGUUGCUGGAAGGCGGCAGCAUUGCUCGGGAUGGCAAGGACGAGGUCAGAUGA